AUGACGCUGUUCCAGGGCUCGACGUUUUAUGAGAGGUGGAGGACGAGGAUGUUAUUACUUAUUUUCGUGUCCGUGAACCUGCUAGCGGUGAGCGUCGGGGCGGACGCGGUUCCAAACCUCCUGGAGUUACAGCUGGACGAAGAGCAGCCCGAAGGAACCAUAGUGGGCGACAUCAGCGCCGGGUUACCGGCCGGGGAGACGGCCUCGCUCUACUUCAUCUCGGAUCACGAGGGGACCGGCGUCGGGAGCGACCUCAACAUCGACGAGACCACUGGGAUCAUCAAGACGGCUCGGAGGCUGGACCGCGAAGAGCGCGAUCAUUACAGCUUCAUAGCGGUCACCAUGACCGGCCUUACGGUCAAAGUGUCCAUUACGGUCAACGACAUCAACGAUCACGCGCCCAAGUUCCCCAAGAACAAGGCGGCCCUAAAGAUCCCCGAGCAGACCGCAGUAGGGACCAGAUUUUCCCUCGAACCCGCCACCGAUGCAGACAAAGAUCAGCUCACGACUCAAGGGUACGUCAUCAAGGAGGGCAACGUGGGGCAAGUGUUCAAACUGGAGACAAAGAGGGCAGCAAAUAAGGUCCUGUACUUGGACCUGGUGGUCAGUGGCGUCCUCGAUCGUGAGAAGAGACCCUCUUACUCUUUGCUCUUAGAGGCGUUCGAUGGCGGCUCUCCUAAAAAAACGGGUCAGAUGACUCUCGACGUGACGGUGCAGGAUAUAAACGACCACGCUCCUGUUUUCAACCAGAGCAGAUACCACGCCAUCAUCUCCGAAAGCCUCCCUCAGGGCAGCAACAUCCUGCAGGUAUUCGCCACGGACGCCGACGAAGGCGACAACGGCCUGGUGCUGUACGAGAUCAACCGGCGGCAGAGCGACCCCGAGAGGUACUUCGUGAUCGACUCACGUUCCGGAAUCAUCACGCUCAACAAGCCUCUGGACUACGAGAUGAGGAAGGUCCAUGAGCUGGUGGUGCAAGCCAGGGACAACGCGAGUCACCCGGAGGUCACCAACGCCUUCGUCACCAUCCACGUCAGAGACUUCAACGACAACCAGCCAACCAUGACCAUCAUCUUCCUCAGCGAGGACGGCUCGCCCCGGAUAUCCGAGGGCGCCCAGCCCGGGCAGUACGUGGCCCGGAUUUCGGUCACGGACCCCGAUUACGGCGAGUACUCCAACGUCAACGUGUCCCUGGAGGGCGGAGACGGUAAAUUCGCUCUCACUACUAAGGACAGCAUCAUCUACCUGAUCUGUGUGGACAAGAUCCUCGAUCGUGAAGAAAGAGACUCGUAUGAGCUCCGAGUCAUGGCUACCGACUCAGGCACGCCGCCGCUUCAAGCCGAGUCCUCGUUUACCAUCCAGGUGACCGACGUGAACGAUAACCCUCCUCUGUUCGACCAGCAGGCGUACAGACAGACCAUUCCGGAGGUCGCGUAUCCGGGCAGCUUCGUGCUACAAGUGACGGCCCGAGACAAAGACCAGGGUCCAAACGGGGACGUCCGGUACAGCAUCCUGCCCAACACGGGGACGCAUUCCGAUUGGUUCACGAUCGACGCCGUGACUGGCAUCAUCACCACGGCUACCCAGCUGGAUUACGAGACGUAUCCUAAUCCAAGCGUCAAAAUAGUGGCGACGGACGGUGGGAAGCCGCCCUUGUCCUCCACCGCCGUGGUGGAAAUCAGUCUACAGGAUGUUAAUGAUAACAAGCCGGUGUUCGGGAGCGGUUCCUAUGAAGUGUCCAUCAAGGAGAACACAGCUGCCGGGACCUGCUUCCUCGAGGUGACGGCGAACGAUGCCGACGGAGGAUCAUUCGGUGCUAUAACGUACUCGUUAGGGUCAGCAGCGUCCAGCUCCUCUCUCACACAGUUCAGCAUUAAUAAAGAGACAGGGCAGAUCUGCACCAGCGCAGCCCUGGACCGAGACGACGGGACCGAGAGCUACGAGUUUAUGGUCACCGCUGCUGACGGGGGUGGCCUGAGCUCAUCCUCCCAGAUAAAGAUAACACUGCUGGACAUUAACGAUAACAGACCCACGUUCUACCCGGUCAACUACGCGGUCAGUUUGAGCUCCCAGAGUGCUCCUGGAACCUCGGUCCUCCGAGUCUCAGCCCACGACCCUGAUGCAGACGAAAAUGGCAAAGUGACGUAUCGCACCGUGCUAGGGGGAGGGUCGGACUUCUUUACCCUUAACAGAGACACAGGCGUGGUCUCUCUGUCGCGCUCCCUGCAUGGAAAGGAGAACUCGGUCAUCACCAUGGUUGUGACGGCGCAGGACGGAGGCGGCCUGACCGCACCGGUUAACGCCAGAGUGAACAUCAGCGUGGUCGCCGGCUCGGUGGCCCCACCUGUGUUCGAGCAGGCGCAGUACUUCUUCACGGUGCCGGAGGACGUCCUGAGGGGCACCGAGGUGGGCGUGGUGCGUGCCAGCAGUAAGAACGAAGCCUCUAGGGAGAUCACUUACAAAAUCUCCUCUGGCGAUCCGGACGGCUACUUCACGGUAGAUCAGGAGACCGGGGCGCUCCGCACCAGCCUGCCCCUGGACCACGAGGUUUGGCCCUCACUGGAGCUGGAGAUCCAGGCCAGCAGCGGCUCCCCGCCCGUAUUCGCCCACACCCGGGUGCGCAUCACCAUCACUGACGUCAACGACAACGCGCCCACCUUCCUGCCCUCGUCGUCCGAGUCCCUGCUGCUGCCCGAGGCGACUAAACUGGGCACGGUGGUGUACCGAGUCCAAGCCGAGGACCGCGACUCCGGCGCCAACGGGCAGCUGAGCUUUGAGGUCCUUUCGUCGGAGGGUCAGCGGACGUUCAGCGUGGAGAGGAGCAGCGGCGAGAUCCGGCUCAUCGGAGGUCUGUCGUACGAGAACGUCCCUCGAUACGACCUCCAGGUUCUGGCCAAGGACAGCGGCGCCCCUCAGCUCAGCGCCACCUUCACGCUCGUAGUGCACGUCCAGGCCGAGAACGACCAGGGCCCCGUGUUCGACACGGUGACAUACCGGGUGGAGCUGAAGGAGAACGCGCCGCUGAACACCCGCUUCCUGCAGGUCCGAGCCCUGAGCAGGGAUCAGGGUACAAACGGAGACUCAUCCUCAAAUUCCGCCCCGCUCUCUUACCAUCUCCGGCCCGACGGGGACGCUGCGGGAUUCGGGAUCGUCUCGGAUAGCGGGUGGUUGUUCGUGAAGAGUGCGGUCGACCGGGAGGCCAAGGACAUCUACCUGCUGACCGUACUGGCCUCCGCGGGAAGUGGGCAGCUGAAGAAAACGGGCAGCGCCACCGUCAGGGUUUCCGUGACAGACGAGAACGAUAACUCGCCCCGAUUCUCACAGGAACGGGUCUUCCUGGCAGUGAGGGAAAAUGUGCCCGCCGGAACGGGAUUCGGGAGAAUUUCGGCCACCGACCGCGAUGCCGGACUCAACAGCCGUCUCACUUACAAGCUACUGCACACCGAUCGCAAUUUCCAGAUCAACUCCCAAACUGGUGAGAUUAGCACCAGGACCCCGUUGGACCGAGAGCACCAGUCCAGCUACCAGUUGGUGGUGGUGGUGCAGGAUGGAGGCACUCCUCCACGUAGUGCUACCGGCACCGCCCACGUCACCGUGCUGGAUGAGAACGAUAAUGCGCCGGUGUUUAGUCAUGUUCUACCCGGUCGGGAGCUGCUCAUCCAGGUGCAGGAGGGUCUGCCUGCUGGAUCACUGCUGGGGACGUUACAGGCCAAAGAUCCUGACGAGGGAGAGAACGGCACCAUCUUUUACUCAUUAUCUGGUUCCAGGGCCGAGCGUUUCUCUCUGAACCCGAACACGGGUGAACUGCGAUCGGCCUCCACACUGAGGAGGGCAGAGAAGGUGGAGUACAGCUUAACGGUCACUGCUUCGGAUCGUGGGGUUCCAUCCCAGAGCGUCUCCAACAUCCUGCGCGUACAGGUUUUGGGCUCAGCGAGGACUCCCCCCAAACCCAACACGCUAUCCAUGACACUCAACACGGUGGAGGGCACCAAACCCGGCUCCAACAUCGGUUCGGUGCGGCUGCACGACCAGCGAGACGUGGUGCUGGACGGACAGGUGACCUACCUCGUAUUGGGUGGCACCGAUCAGGAUGGCAUGUUCAUGGUGGACCGGCUCACGGGGGAUGUGUACCUGGCCAGGGAGUUAGACUACGAAAAGGGUUCUCGCUACACCCUGCAGAUCGAGGCGAACGACUUCUCCAAGGCUCUUCCCAGCAGCCGCGUGAUCCAGCUGGAGAUUAACGUGCAGGACAGGAACGACCACGCGCCGCAGUUUCCCGAGGACCCGGUGACCGCCGUGGUGCCCGAGAACGUGCAGCCGGGCUCGUCCAUCUACGCCUUUCAGGCCACCGAUAAGGACGGCAGCGGGCCGAACAGCGAGGUGCGCUACUCCAUCACUAGCCGCUGGCCCGACAGCUCGGACCUUUUAUCCCUCGAUCCCGUGACCGGAGUUCUGACCUGUACUCAGGAGCUGGACCACGAACAGACCCCGAGUCUUUUCCUGGUGGUCCGGGCCACCGACUCGGCCACGGAUCCGGAUCAGCAGCGCUGGAGCUCGGUCACAGCGCGGAUAUUCGUGACGGAUGAAAACGAUAAAGCGCCGGUGUUUUACUCCCCGACCGCGGUCAGUGUGAUGGAGGACAAGCCGGUGGGUUUUGUGCUGCUCUACGUAAUCGCCCGGGAUGCCGACCAGGGUGAAAAUGGGCGCGUCUCCUACCGCAUUCAAGCUGGCAACACGGCGGGACGAUUCAGCCUCAGUCCUGACACGGGUUCUCUUUCCAUCCUCAAAGCUCUGGACCGUGAGGAACAAGACAGCUACAACCUUACUAUCAUCGCAGAGGAUCAUGGGACACCCCAGCACUCCACCACUCAGGUCCUGUCCGUCCGGGUCAUCGACGUGAAUGACGAGGCUCCCUGGUUCGAGAAGAGCGAAUAUGAGGUCCACAUCAAAGAGAACCAGCCGGUUGGGACCGCAAUGCUCACCGUGUCCGCCACUGACAGAGACCAAGGUACAAAUGGACACGUGACGUACGGAGGUGUGACAGUUGAAGGUUUCGUUAUUUCCCCCGAGACGGGCAUCAUUACUCUGACUAAAGUGCUAGACAGGGAGCAGCAGGAUCACUACACCGUCACCGUGUACGCCAGAGAUGGAGGGAUGCCACCCAACUUCGCCAAGGCAACGGUGCGUAUCACGGUACUGGACGAGAAUGACAACAGUCCGGUCUUCGGGAGGCUGCAGUACAGUCUUCAGCUGCCUGAGAACUUCGAACCCGUGGAGCUUUUUAUUGUCAAAGCGACUGACCAGGACAGUGGAGACAGUGGACGGGUGGAGUACAGGAUAACCGCUGGAGACCCAGAUGGUGACUUUCUGCUGGACAGCACUUCAGGAGCCUUGUCCACCUCUCACCCCUUGGACAGAGAAAAAAAAGACAGAUAUACCCUCAGAGUGACCGCUCAGGAUGGUGGCAGCCCGUCACUCACCAGCACGGCCACAGUGGAGAUCACCGUCCUGGAUGUGAACGACAACAGCCCCAAGUUCAGCACCAGCAGCUACAGCGUGGACGUCUCGGAGGACGCCGGCGUCGGGUCUCUGGUCCUGGAGGUCACGGCCGGCGAUCCAGACCAGGGCGAGAACGGACAGGUCUUGUACUUCCUGAGCAGCGAAGCCAGAGGUGCGUUCACCGUGGACCCCGAAACGGGCCGAAUCGUCACCGCCGCCCCUUUGGAUAGAGAGAAAAGAGCCUCGUACAGCUUCCAAAUAUGUGCGGUGGACUCGUCUCCCGCCGCCCCGCUUAACUCCACGGCCCAGGUCACCGUCACCGUCCUGGAUGUGAACGACAACGCUCCGUUUUUCAUUCAGGAUCCUCUGAUCAUUAACGUGUCCAGCAGGAGCGUGUCGUCCAACAGCGUGCUGGCCACCAUGAGGGCAGAAGAUAAAGACUUCGGUGCCAACGGCUCGGUGUUCUACCGUUUCGCUGCGCCUGUGCAGGGCUUCUCUAUAAACUCCCUGACCGGUGAAAUCCAAGCCUCCGAAACGCUGAACGGUCCAACCAAGGCUCAGCAUGUCCUCAUUGUGGAGGCCAUGGACCAGGGCAGCCCUCCUCAGUCCUCCCUGGGCGUGGUCAUGAUCUAUGUGAAGGAACAGAAUUACCAGGGCAUCCGAUUCUCCCGCACCACCAGGGACGUCAGUAUACAAGAGAACGCAGCUAAAGGUACCGCAGUAGCCCAGGCGCAGGCACAGUACCCAGACGGGACCCGUGGGGGCAUCAAAUACAGCAUCUUCAGCGGAAACAAGCAGCGAUCGUUCAGUAUCAGCGCUAGCACAGGUGAAAUUUGGGUACAAAGCUCUACAGGACUGGACUACGAGGACGCUCCAAGACUCCGUCUAGUGGUGAAGGCUGAAACUGCAACCUCCAGCUCCUUCAUGGCCGUCAACCUCAUUCUGCAGGACGUGAACGACAACCUGCCUCGCUUUCAGCUGCAGAACUACGUGGCGUACCUGCGUGAGGCGCAGGGCUACGACGCGCCCAUUAUUCAGGUUGUAGCCGAGGAUGUGGACCAGGGUCCAAACGGUCAGGUGACCUAUUCCAUUCAGUCGUCUAGUUGGAGUGGCCUUUUUAAGAUCGACCCUCUGACCGGUAGCAUCACUACAGCGGCUAUCAUGGACCGAGAGAUCUGGAUGCAAAACAAGCUGGUGAUUACAGCAACGGAUCGUGGCAGCCCCAAACUUUCCGGCUCCGCCACCUUAACCGUGAUUAUUGUCGACCUCAACGACAACAGUCCCACGAUCCCCCUGCCGAGGGAAGUCCACGUGCCAGAAAAUGCUCUUAUCGGCACAGAGAUCACCAUGGUGACAGGGAACGAUGUGGACUCUGGACCACCUUUGUCUUAUUCUCUACGACUGGACACAACCUCCGUGGGCAACUUUGGAAUCCAUCCAUACAACGGCAGGGUGUUUUUGACCGGCAUGUUGGACUACGAGGAAAGAACGUGGUUCACCUUAACUGUUCAAGCGUCAGACUCCAAGCAUCAGGCUACCGCCAACCUGACCAUCCUGGUGGAGGAUGUGAAUGACAACGUGCCCACGUUUACGCAAGACCUAUAUCAGGUGGCACUGCCCGAACAUUCUCCACCGGGCAGUCCUGUUAUUAUGGUAACAGCCACGGAUCAGGACUCAGGAGAGAAUGGAAGAGUCACCUAUCGAGUGGUGUCGUCAUCCAGGGAGGGAUUUUACAUCAAUCCCAGUAAUGGCACGUUGUUCAUCAGCCAAACAGCCGAGUUCGACCCCGAGCACCCCACCGUGAGGCUGGUCAUCGAGGCGUGCGACGGAGGUAAACCACCCCUGUCCUCCAUGUCCACUGUCCAAGUCCUGCUCACAGACGUGAACGACAACGCCCCCAUGUUCCACCAGUCGGAAUACAAAGCCACGGUGUCUGAAGACCAGCUCCCUGGGGUCACCAUUCUGACCUUGGAAGCAGCAGACGGUGACCUCUCCCAGGAAAACUCGGGCUUCGAUUUCGCUAUCGCGAGCGGAAACAUCGGGAACACCUUUCAGAUCGAAAGUAGCGUCCGUUUCAUAGAGGGCCACGGCUUCCAGACGGUAGGGACGCUCAUCCUAACAGAACAGCUGGACUUUGAGACGACACCUUGCUACAACCUUACAGUGGUCGUAUCGGAUCGUGGAGUUCCCCAGCGCAGCUCCAGCGUCCCGGUCGUUAUCGCUGUGAGCGACGUCAACGAUAACCCUCCAAUAUUCAGCCGCUCUGAGUAUGUGGUGGCUUUAAGCGAAGAGGCUUCGUCCGGUACAGAAAUCCUGCGUCUGUCUGCGACCGAUCCAGAUUCGGCUCCGAAUGCGGUCAUCCAGUACAGCAUCAGCUCUGGAGACGACACGGAACUGUUCUCCGUAGACCAGUGGACCGGAGCCCUGAGGCUGCAGAAGUCUCUGGACCGGGAGACCCGUCCUUCCCACAUAGUAAUCAUCCAAGCUUCGGACGGUCACGGUCACUUUGCCCUGGCUCCCAUUAACAUAGAGGUAAAGGACGUUAACGACAACAGGCCUUACUUUCCAAUUGAGACCAUGACCGCUAGCAUCCGAGAAAACCAGCCCCCUAAUUCAGCAGUCACCAUGCUGCAUGCCAUAGACCACGACUCCGGGGUCUACGGGCAGCUCAAGUACUUUCUAGUGGACAGAUCUGGUCAAGAAAGAGACUCCUUCGUCGUGGAUCAGAUCACAGGGGAGGUGCGUUCUCGACUGUCGUUCGACUUCGAAAAGGUGAACUCCUUUCAUUUUAUGGCCUCGGCUGUGGACGCUGGGAACAACACGGCAACGGUCACCGUCCAGAUAUACGUGACCGGGGAGGAUGAGUAUGAUCCGGUCUUCACCUCCACGUCCUUUUCCUUUGAGGUACCGGAGGGUGCGCAAAAGGACCAGAGCAUUGGUCAGGUGCAGGCCAGCGAUGAGGAUGGUGGAGUUGACGGGAUUGUGCUCUACUCUUUCUUGACUAGCUCUCCAUACUUUGAGGUCAAUAAGACCACCGGUGUGAUUUACCUCAAAAUGGACAGCUCCAGCAGCUCUAAUAAAGGAAGCCGUUCCAAACGGGAGACCCGCUUCAUGACUGUGGACGUCACUGCCCACAGUCCAUUAGAAACCUCAAGGGUCAUGACUGCACAGCUGACUAUCGACGUCACCAACACAUCCUUUGGACUCACUGCUGACAUAAACAUCCUUCUCAUCGGCGUCGUCGCUGCCUCCCUCGGCGUUAUAGUUCUCUUAGUUGUUCUUGCCGUGGUUCUUUACUUAGUAAAGUCAAAACACAAGAAGAAGGGGCAGAACACCGGAACCGUGGCUUCAGACACCGCGCUCCAGCAAUUGGACGAUUCUAAAUCCGCUGGUGGGGACAGGAUCUACCAUCAGACCCUUCCGGGGUACGUCACUGAUCAAGGGGCAGUAGGAGCUUCCUACACAAGAGGAGGCUCCCUGGAUCCAUCGCACUCCAGUGGAAGAGGGUCAGCAGAAGCUGCGGAGGAUGAUGAGAUCCGCAUGAUAAAUGAGUAUCCACGGGUAGCAAGCAUCACCUCUUCCAUGCAGGAGCACAUAGCCGCCCGGGGGCCCGACUCGGGCAUUCAGCAGGACGCCGACCAGCUUUCUGACAUCUCUUGUGAACCAGGAACGUUGGACGCCAGCCAGUGGUUCAAAGGCAAGAAACUUGGGAGUCUGAGCGGCACCAUGCUCUCCGGUCAGCUUCCAGUUUUUCGAGAUGAUGCUGGUGGAUAUCUUGGAGUCGGCAGGGGGCUAAACAUAUCACACCCGAAGGACUACGCCUUCCCCGAUGAUGGCAAACCGUCAAUCGACGGCUCCCUGACGGCCAUCGUCGCGAGUGACGAAGAACUGAGGGGUAGCUAUAACUGGGACUACCUUUUAAAUUGGUGCCCCCAGUUCCAACCACUAGCUAACGUCUUUACAGAAAUAGCCAGACUCAAAGAUGAAAGCAUACCCCCCAACAACCCGCGUCGACCCUUCCAACCAAAGCUAAAGACAGAUUCGAAAUCAAGAAUCGAUCCGCCCCCUCUGAUAACCUCGGUGGCCCAUCCCAGUGCCAAGUCUGUUCCGCCUAAGCCCGCCAUCACGAGGACGUUCCCGCAUCUGGCGUCACUUAGGCGUUCUCCUAUCAGCCACGAAGGCUCCAUAUCGUCAGCGGCCAUGUCCCCUAGCUUCUCCCCGUCGCUGUCUCCUUUGGCGGCUCGAUCGCCGGCUGUCUCACCGUUCGGUGUCGCGCAGGGCCCGUCGGCCUCCGCGAUCAGCACUGCUGAGCACUCGCUGGAGAAGAAAGAUGACGCCGAGAUGAGAAUCUAGAUCUACAGAUUCUAUCUAACCAUGCCUUGAUUUUCAUACUGUGGGGAGCCUUGACUUUUUUAGUUCUCCCAAGGAAAGUGUGUAGGUGUGGCUAAAUCUGAGGGACUCGGCAAGAACUAUGACCCCAGCUGGUUACUGAAAGGGUUAAAAACACUGUUUUGCUGUGAAAUUAUGCCAAUCUUCCUAAAAGCCAACAAGUCCUGUCCCUGGCUGGCCAGAGGACCAAUCGUUGUGUUGUUCUGUGUGUUUUUUUUUAUAUAUACUGAUAACUGAGAUUGGAAACGUUUGUACAGACUGUCCAUAAUGGCUGCUAUCACCAGUUUUUCUUGUUUUUAAUCCAUAUUGAACUUUGUGAAAGUGCUCCAGGAGAUUUCGGUGCGUAUGCACAUUAGCAAUUCUAGUCAAAUGUCUGUAAAUAAAUAAUUGUUAUAUAUUUUUUCAUCGCUCACAGUUUGUACCAUUACCUCACACUGCAUUCUGUACAUUCUAGCCGUAUUGCUAACACCGCAUUCCUGUACGUUGUUGUUUAUUUUUUACUUAGCUAGUCUCACCAUACAGUAUGGUCACUGAUUCCUGCGUGAUUGUUGUGCGAUUCUUGGUCUGUCAUGUGAACGAGGGUUUUUUGAGAUGAUUAUACGAUGCUUUGAUAAUUAUUUAUAAAAAAAUUCGAACUGUAGAAAUACCCGUAGUAGCCUUGUUAUGAUGCAUUUCAUGCAUUUAUUAUUGUUAUUAUUAUUAUUAUUAUUAAUAUUAUUAUUGUGCUUUGCUAGACUUCAGGGCCCUGAUUUACCAAGGUCCCAAAUAA